GGCAGCGCCCCCGACUCGGCUUGGCAAGCAGUCCGCCGCAACGCGUGCGACGGCCGAGGGGCACUUCAGCGUCAAGGUUCCGGCCGAUGAGAAAGCCGCGCAGCGCGCCAUCGAACGCCCGAGCGCCCCUGUGCUCAAGAUGGCGGGCACCACGGGGGGCGCGACGUCGCCGCACGAUGGCGACGAAGGCUGCGAGGACGGCGAGGAGAACAUCAAGCCCGUGGUCAUAGCGAAGGCUCUCCUCGAGCACGUGCGGGGGCCCAAUUUCUUCCAGUACCCGCGGGGCCUCCGCUCCGCCGAGGUCAUCACGGAGAGGCUAAUAGAGGCGGGGAGGGGGGGCAAGGAUUACGAGGAGACUGAAGAGUGGGUUGAGGUUCAUGCUGACAGGCUACGAACGGCGCUAUGCCACAUCCGCGAUGCGAUCAACAGGCACCCCGAUACGAAGUGGGUGCGGCCGUUCGUAGCGAUGAAGAGGCCCGCGUCAGAUGAUUGCGAGCAGGACAAGAAGGAUCGGCACUCGAUCUUCGUGAUGCAGGAGAAGAAGGCGAAGCCAGGCGAGAAGUGGAGCCAGGUAUGCCAGGUGACGAUCAAAGGCGAGGUGACUUACGAGAUUGCGCGCCAGGCCAUAGUCAACCUGUGCAAGAAGUACUCCGCAGGCCAGAUCAACGCCGACAAUGUGUACGAGUCGCGGGACAAGGAGGUGGAACAGCUGACUGCAGCUGCGCCAGGUGGGGCGGCGGUGCAGGGGGACAGGGACUUCGUUGCGUUUCAGGGCAGCAGUUUCAAACUAGACGGCACCGUGCGGCACGAGGUUAAUCAGGGAGAUUUCGGUGACGACUGCACAGUGGCGGAGGUGAUGAGGGCGACGGCGGGUCAGCAGCCCGUUGGUGUCAUCGACUUGGACGGGUCCAGUGACGAGGCACCGCUCUCCAACGCCAGCCAGCGCCAGCCUCCUGCCGCGCUGGGCGGCGCCACUCCACCACGCCAGUCGAUAGAGCAACCAGAGCGCGUGCACGAUACCUCCAGCCAGAUGACGCAGACGUUGGUGGACUCCACGCGCGAGCACGGCCACCGCGACCACCCCCCCUUGCACGAGCACAUGUGGGACAGAGCCCUGGCCAUGCAGCGCGAGGGUGACCACCAGCCAGCCGCUCAGCACAGCCAGCCCAUGCAGAGCGAGGGCGACCAACCAGCCGCUCAGCACAGCCAGCCCAUUCCCGUGGGGGUGACCAGCCAGCCGCUCAGCACAGCCAGCCCAUGCAACGGGAUGGCGACCAGCCAGCCGAUCAGCCCAGCCAGCCCAUGCAACGCGAAGGUGACCAGCCAGCCGCUCAGCAUAGCCAGCCCAUGCAACGGGAUGGCGACCCGCCAGCCGCUCAGCACAGCCAGCCCGUUUCCGUGGAGUCGACAUGCGACCAGCCAGCCGCUCAGCACAGCCAGCCCAUGCAACGAGAGGGUGACCAGCCAGCCGCUCAGCGCAGCCAGCCCGUGCACCGCGAGGGCGACCAGCCAGCCGCUGUACAGCCAGCCCAUGCAACGGGAUGGCGACCAGCCAGCCGCUCAGCACAGCCAGCAGAUUCCCGUGGAGUCGACAGGAGGCCAGCCAGCCGCUCAGCACAACCUGCCCACGCAGGAGUCACCGCUGCCAGACCGCAUGCCAGACGACUCAGAACAACGCAGGCGCUACCACGAACGGGUUGGCAUGUCAGAUCCCGAGCGUCAGAUGGCGCCAGCCUCGAGCCCCACGCGCACGGCACAUCCGAGCGGCGCUGGAGCAGCCGACGACCUCGGAGCCAUUGCCCCAAUGGAAGCCGAACCACCUGCUGAUCAGAGGGGCACCCAACCGUGCGAAGUGGGCUCCAGCAGCGGCGGCGACAGCGGUGGCUUCAUUAACGUCAAGCUCGAGACUGAUCGGGCAGGGGGUGGCCACUCGCAAGACCUAAUGCAGCGUGUGAACCAAUUGGAGACAUUCCUGACACAGAAAGGGGAGGAGGAGCUCAAGAAGCAGGCUGCGAAGGAGUUGAGCGGCACAGAUGCCCAGCUCAUCAAACAGUUAGAGGACGCAAUCAAAGACGGAGUGAAAACGAGAACCCCUGUGGCGCAGCAGUUCGAGAGGGCGGUGCACAAAGACCCGAAGCUGAAAGAGGCGCUGAAGGCGGUCGGCAACACGGUCGCCGCGAAGCAACAGUUCAGGAAGGAGUGGGCCAUGAGGAAGCUGAAGACGUUGAAGGAGGUAUUCAGCAAGAUGGAAGUAUACAAAAAGGAAGAAGGGGGUUACGACGACCCCACCAACAUAGUUGCCGCCCAGAACUACGUCGAGAGCUGCAUCAAGAUGGGCGGCGACUGGUGCAGGUGGGACGACAUGGCCAAGCGUAUGCGCUACCUCUACCUCGAAGUCGGCAGGCGGGAGGAGAUGGAGAAGGCGUGGACAAGCUACAAGGAGCUGCAGCCCACGGCUGACUUGGAGACGGUGCUCAGCAGCGCAGGUCUCAGUUCUGGAAUGGAGGUCAGCGAGGCCGCGAAGGCCCUGGCCAAGAGGGGGCUGGAGGAGCAGGCCCUGCAGGACAGCAAGCGCCGCAAGUACAAUGGUGAUGGCGCCAGCUCCAGUGGCAGCGGGUGGCAGCGGGCGGCGCAGCUCCAGUGGCAGCGGGCAGCGCGGCUCCAGUGGCAGCCAGCGGCGCAGCUCAGGUGGCAGCGGGCAGCGCAGCUCAGGUGGCAGCCCAGGCGGCAGCGGGCGGCGGCCAAGCUCCUGGGGCAGCAGAAGAUCGAGACGCCCGAGGAAAGGGCAGCAAAGCAAAGGAAAAAGGAUGAGCAGGCGCUCGUCAAAGCAGCAGAGACCAAGGCGAAGGCAGUGCUGGCGACCUACCAGACGGCGGUGAAUACUGCUUCCACGUUCCUGUCCGCGAUGAACGCCAUGCCCGAGUGGAAGUGGUUGAAGGUUCACCCAGACGACUGGGCUCAGUCCUUGCAGAAGAAGGUCGACCAUGCCAUGAGCAGCCGCACCGACUACUUCGUGCGCAUGUGCAUCGAGAACAAGGCCAGCCUCGUCAAGGACAUGGCGCCGACUGAGCUUAUCGAGGAGUAUAAGAAGAUUACUGACAGGAUGACUCAGCCUGUGGACGAGCUUAUCCAGCUGAACCAGAUCAUCAACGAGCAGCACGCGUUGAACAACAAGUGGUCAGAGUUGAGGGACCACGACCUUCGAAACCCGUUGCUGCCACACGGGCCGAAUUGCUACGAUACCGAAUGCAGGAGCCAUGAGAAGUGGGUUAUCUUAGACUCUUCUGAGCUGCAUCGGAAGGUGAGGUGGAGGUUAGUAUUCAAGAAGAAGCACAAGGGGAGGGCACUAUCACAGGAUAUCCCAGAGCUGGGCUUAAAACAAAACGAUCGCCUCGUGGCCAUACCUUCUAUGUUGGACACCAUGGACUUUGAUAAGCUCAGCAAUUUAGAGGAGUGCCCUGCCCUGAUCUGUUUCUGGAGGCCAACGCAGGAUGCUAAGGUGCACCAUCGCAAUCCAUUGCUCGACGCGUCGCUGGGAAUAGGUGGCAACCUCGGGGUCCCUGACGAGAUCAAGGGUUAUGCGGUUCUAAUUAGAGAGUGCAGCGGGGGGGACAUGACGCCGCUGCAGCAGCUGGAGGCGGUGACGGACUUCGUCAACAGCCACAUCUGGCUUCGCUUCAUCAACGCCACGGGGCACAAGCGGGACGUGCGCAAUAUUUUCGGCGAUGAGGACAGGCAUCUCGGUCGCCGAUUGGUGGUCGACCAACGACGUGGCGAUUGCAACAACCAACGAGGAGUGCGUCGACAGCAACAAGUCCCACCAU